AGUCAGCCCCGGGCCAGCCCAUGGAUCCUGAGGGCGCGGACCCAGGAGGAGGCGCCCCAGAAGGCGGCGCCUCGCGGAGGAAGUUUCCCCUGCAACUGCAGAGCCCAGAUCGCCGCCGCCUCCACGUCCAGGAGCGAGCAGCGGGCGCCGACGGGAGUGCCAGUGCCCACUCCGCGCGCGGGCCGGGCAGCCGCGCGCGCAGCAUCCUCCCGCACCGUCGCCAUGGGCGGCUCGGCCUCCAGCCAGCUGGACGAGAGCAAGUGCUCCUACAUCCGAGGGAAAACUGAGGCUGCUAUCAGAAACUUCAGUCCCUACUACAGUCGCCAGUUCUCUGUGGCUUUCUGCAAUCACGUACGCAGUGAGGUCGAACAGCAAAGAGACUUCACAUCACAAUUUCUGAAGACCAAGCCACCGUUGGAGCCUGGAACUGUUCUGUAUGAAGGAGAGCUAACACAGUUCGCUGAGGACAUAAAGAAAUGGAAGGAGAGAUACGUGGUGGUUAAAAAUGACUUUGCUGUGGAAAGCUAUGAGAACAAAGAGGCUUAUCAGAGAGGAACCCCCCCAAAAAGCCGAAUUCUCCCAGCUGGUGGCAAGGUGUUGACCUCAGAAGAGGAAUACAAUUUACUAUCUGAUCGGCAUUUUCCAGACCCUGUUGCGUCCAGUGAGAAGGAGAGCGCACAGCCCUUCGUGGUCCUGCCCAAGGAGUUCCCGGUGUACCUGUGGCUGCCCUUCCUCAGACACGGCUACUUCUGCUUCCAGGAGGCCGCGGACCAGAAGAAGUUCAGUGCUCUCCUGAGUGACUGCAUCAGACAUCUGAAUCACGAUUACACGAAGCAGACAACGUUUGAAGCCCAGGCCUUUUUGGAAGCUGUGCAAUUCUUCCGACAGGAGAAGGGACACUAUGGCUCGUGCGAAAUGAUCACUGGGGAUGAAAUCCAGAUCCUGAGUAACCUGGUGAUGGAGGAGCUCCUGCCGACUCUUCAGACAGACCUCCUGCCCAAAAUGAAGGGGAAGAGAAACGACAGGAAGAGGGCCUGGUUCGGCCUCCUGGAAGAGGCCUACACCCUGGUUCGGCAUCAAGUUUCAGAGGGAUUCAGUGCCUUGAAGGAGGAAUGCAGGGCUCUGGCCAAGGGCCUGGAAGGAACCAUCCGCUCAGACAUGGAUCAGAUUGUGAACUCAAAGAACUUCUUAACUGGAAAGAUCAAAGCGUUGGUGGCCCAGCCAGCAGAGAGAAGCUGUGUGGAGAGUGUGCAGCCAUUCCUGGCGUCCAUCCUGGAGGAGCUCAUGGGACCAGUGAGCUCAGGAUUCAGUGAAGUCCGUGCACUCUUUGAAAAACAAGUGGAUGAACUCAGCCAGAACUUUCAGACCGCCAAAGACAGUGCCCAGCUAAAGGAGCAUCUGGACCGGCUUACGAGUCUUCCACUGGACUCCAUGAAGAUGGAACCUUGUUAUAUUAAAGUCAACCUGCUUCAGGAGCACCUGCAGGAUCUCAAGAGCCGUUUCAGAUUCCCCCACAUCGAUCUGGUGGUUCAGAGGACCCAGAACUACAUGCAAGAGCUAAUGGAGAACGCAGUGUUCACGUUUGAGCAGCUGCUCUCCCCACAUCUCCAAGGCGAGGCCCCCAAAACCACAGUUGCCAUCGAGAAGGUUAAGCUCCGAGUCUUAAAGCAAUACGAUUAUGACAGCAGCACCGUCCGGAAGAGGAUAUUUCAAGAGGCGCUGGUUCAAAUCACACUCCCCACCGUGCAGAAGGCCCUGGCGUCCAUGUGCAAACCGGAACUUCAGAAAUAUGAGCAGUUCAUCUUCGCAGAUCACACCAACAUGAUCCACGUUGAAAAUGUCUACGAGGAGAUUUUACAUCAGAUCCUCCUUGAUGAAGCCCUGAAAGUGAUAAAGGAAGCUGCUGUCCUGAAGAAACACAAUUUAUUUGAAGACAACAUGGCCUUGCCCAGUGAAAGCGUGUCCAGCUUAACUGAUCUGAAAACCCCUGCAGGGUCAAACCAGGCCAGCCCCGCCAGGAGAGCCUCGGCCGUCCUGCCAGGAGUCCCGGAUAGUGAGAGCCCCAGUGAGGAGGUGUUCCAGGAGCCAGGGGGGGAGAAUCAGCGGGGGGUCCCGAGCCCAAUGGCCAAAGGAGAAAGCCUUUCUGCCCCCGUUCCCAGCCCUCCCCCAGAUGGGGACGGGCAGGGCAUCGUUUCAGGCGUGGGUGACCCUGUUGUGAGCCUGGUGGCCGCAGAGCACACAGCAGGAGCCCUGAGCACACACUCAUCAGAGCUGGAGUUUGGAGAGGCCCCCGAGGACCAAGAGCCCACGUCUGCCUCGGGCUCCUUGAAGGAGCUCAGAGAUCUGCUGACGGUGGCCGUCGAGGUCCCAGUGGGGCCUGCCCCGCUCAAGAUUGAGGAAGACACGAACGAGGAGACCCCUGCUCCCCAAGACAUUGAAAAAGAAGAGGCAACAACCCAGACCGACGCAGAGGCCAGCCACGCAGCUGCCCCCCGCCGGGACAGCUGUGAAGACAGCCAAGUCGGCGGGAGGGAGGCCGCGCGUCCCCCUCCGGAGGCCGAGGCGGGCGGCGAGGAGGUGGGGGCUCUUGCAGAGCCUCAGCCGGCCUGUGGGGGGCUCGGUGAGGGGCUGGGUGAGGGCCCCGGGGGCUCGGGCCUCGCACCGGAGCCAGGGGAGGCCGGGGGGCCCGGACAGGACGCGCUUGACGGCGGGGAGGCGGCGUGCGCCCUGGAGGCUGAGGCUGUGCCCCGGGAAGACUGCGUUUUCAGCUCCGCCCCGACCAGCCCCCGUGAGAGCCAGGCUUCUGCGGAGGAAGCAGCAGGAGUGGGGAGCAGCCCCACCCAGGCUGCCAGCAGCCGGGAUGCGGAGGAGCACGAGGCUGCCCGCGCUCCCGAGUGUCAGUGGGUGGUGGAGAGUGGUCCAGGUCCCGACAUCCUGGAUUCACAGAAAGAGGAUCCCCCAGCCCAGCCCUCAGAGGAGUGAGAGAGACAACGUAGCGAACCUCAGCGAGAGAAUACAGCUAUGGGGUGGCAUCCAAGUUGUUACCCAAAAAAAAAAAAAAAAAAAGUAUUAAGUACUUCCUUAAUUCGUCUAAUGAAACCACGUGGGUGCAAGCACUGAGGCAAACCUUUAUGGAAUUGAGCUGUUCUACCACAAGUAAUUGCUUGAGCAUUUCAAUAGGAAUUACAAAGGUAACGGAGUGCUGGGGGUGAGGGGCCGCUGAGGGGGUCCAGGGAGGGGAUGUGCUGCAGGGAAGACGGAGGGAACAGUAGGGACAGCCUGCUCAUUUUUUUCUAACGCACUUUAAGGCUUUAAAGUAUCUUUUUUUUUGUAAGAAUGCAAAUGUAUCCUGCAAAUCCAGCUUCACCGUCUACUACACCACCCUCAGCAUCUCUUAAGGGCUCAGCUUCAUCCACAGUCAGGCUACAAGAAAGGAAGGGGGUGAACACCGAAUACCCCCUACCCCGCGCUGUGUGCAGCCCCACAGAGCCUGAGACGUCUCAGGGGGCUCUGAGCAGAAGCCAAGGAAGGCUGUGGUCUGUGGGACCAUCUGGGCCUGUUACUCAUUCAGCGAUCAACUUCUUAUUAAUUAAUCUUGUUGAUUCUUAUUAACUAAUCACUUUUUGGAGAAAGUCAGAUGAGGCAAGAAAAUUUCCUUGGCAUUUGAAGCCUGAAAGCAUUCCCAAUUAGCCUUAAACUGGGCAGAGAAAGAGCUUAGCUAAACUACCAAGCAUGAAGCCUACCAAUUAAACAUUGUCUGAGCAGCUAUUCUGUGUCACGUGCUGUGUUAGGCACAGUAAUCAAAAAAAACAAAAAGAAAGAAAGAAAGAAAAAGAAAACAAAAAAAGAGAAAAGGUAAGGUGCUUGUCUGGCAUAAAAUAAAAGGCCCAGGGGGAUUUAAUCUAAAAGAAAAAAGCCGAUUUUCAACCCAUGACAGCUUUCUGUCUUUCCGUUGAAAUGGUCCUGGUUUGUUCUCUGAAGGAGAAUGAAUAAAUAAAUAAAAUGAAUUAAAGAAAGAAAGAAAGAAGAUAAGAGAGAAAGAAGAGGGAGAAAAAGGAAGAGAGAAAGAGGAAACCCAAGACACGUACCUUUAAGUUCCAAAGAUGUUACCAAGAAUGGACAUCAUCUGUUCAGUUGCUCAGCAGACUGGGUCCUGUUGUGUCCCUAGAGCUGGAAAACUGCGGUGGGAAAUACUGUUCUUUCUCCCUGAAAUUAUGCUUUAAUGGAAAUAGAAACACAUCUUCUGAAUGGACUGUGACCUUCAACAGUCAGUGUUAAAAGUGGAAUAGACUCACAUGCGAAUGAUUAAAAAGAUGUGUUCUCUUGUCCUUCAGAAAAAUACCAGAUUGUAAAAGUGUUAGUCCUGGCACUACAUCUUGAAAUUUCCUUCCACAAAUUGUAACAUUGGAUCCCCACAUCCUGUCCUAAGAGCUUGUUUUGAUCAUUAUCAGUAAGUAAAUUUAUAUCAGCUUUUUAAAGAACUUGUCACAUAGUUUAACCAUUUAACCAGGAUUUAAAAUAGCUCCCUCUCCAACUCAAGGUGGAGAAUUUCGUGGAUUUCUAGGUCAUAAGGGAUGAAAAAAUAAUCAGUAUCAGUAUACUCUCAUACUGCGUUGUUCCAACUUCCCUUAGAGUGUUUGGGCCCUCACAUCUGUGAAGGGUCUUGUUACAGGGAAGGGGGCGGAGGUCGCUUCUCCCCUGGUUCCGGCCCUGCCUCUGCUCACUCAUGUCCUUGUGUCUGGCAUGGAAUUUUGCAGUUAUGUUUACUUCCUGUCUCUUCCAAGGACUCCUCUCUUCAAGGACAGACACUAGGGUUUAGUCAUCAUGUGUACUUCUGCUAGAAACACACGCAGCCUUGAAUAAUGGCUCCCAGCCUUCUCAAGUCACUCGAGUCCUGCAGGGAACCGCCUGUGCCGGGCGGCUCAGGAAACGUAAGACCCGGUGCCCCACCGCACCGCUGUGCUCGGCUGUCUGGGGCUUGCUGUCCGGCAGGGAGGUGUUUCCACUUGGGUUUUCUGCCCUUGGGGAGUCUUCCCUUAAAUCAUGUCCCGAGUCCAAGGGGCAGGUGGCCAGAUGGUCGAUGCACUGCCCAGUAAGGCCAGGAGCCAAAGGAGCAGUGCCCAGACUUGCCAAGAACUGCCCUUCUCUCUGGAAGGAUCAUGACAAGCAAGUCAGGAGGUCCUGGCCCACGCUGAGCCCAGGCCAGGGCAUCCAGCUUCCUCCCUCUGCUCACCUCAGGACUUCUGGCUCCCCUUGGAAGGCUAAGAGAUUUUUCCAACCCGAAAAGAGAGUAGGUGUCCCUUCAUUGGAAGGAUGAACAUCAGUGCCCUCCCUUUACCCAUCCAUAGGCCAGAGGGGACUGGACACUACAUGGAAGAAGUAGCUGAGAACACAAAGAAUUGCUCUGUACAUACUUCACAAAAGCCAAGUUCACUAGAUUAAGUCAGAUGAUUGUUCCAUUGCAAGAUGGAACAGCAAACGAAAGUUCAUUACAAAUUUCCUUAUUCGUUUAAACAAGUUGAGUGGUAUAGCUUCCUGUUACUAUGAGUUUGUCUUGCUUUUAAUACAGACUUGCCUGUGUUGUUUCAGGGGUUUUCAGGUUGGAACAAGGUUACUGGGAUUUAAAAGAGCAGCUGGAGAAGCCUCUGCAGGCUGCUCUGGGGAUCCCUCCUAGGGGCAACUCUGUCUGAAAUGCAUAAAACCUCAAGACAUGGUUUUUGGCAAAAAAAAAAUCUGUGACUUUUAACCAGUUGUAUUACUGUUGACCUUUCACAAAGAAUAUUUUCCUUGAAAAAAAUUAGCUUGUCAUCUUUUCCUUUGCAGCUUAGAGCAGAGACAGUAGUGCCUUACAUUAUAAACCUUUCCCCACCCCCACCCCCCAAAAGAAGCAUUUUGGAGAUCACAAGGGUAAGAUUCCAGUUUGUCCAAAAACUUUAUAAAGAGGCUGAGUAUGAAAAACUGCGGGCCUUCCAGCUCGAUCUUCUACCUUUCAUUACAAAAUUCUCGAGUCUGGUUUUGUAACCCUUCAGAUCGGAGACAGUGAUCUCAAAGGGCUCUACAAUUCCUUCAGACAGUGAUUUUUAUUUCUUUAUAAAAAGUGCUAUAGAAUGUAUGCUACAUAGCAGUUUUAGUUUGUGGGAGAGCAGGGGAGGAUGUAGCUCAAGUGGUAGAGCGCAUGCUUAGCAUGCACAAGGUCCUGGGUUCAACCCCCAGCACCUCCUCUAAACAUACAUAAAUAGAUGAACCUUAUUAGCUCCCCACCUAAUAAAUAAUUUAAAAGAGUGAUGGUUUAAACAAAUAAAUAAGUUUAAAAAAUAAUUUGGGGAAGAGAAAGACAUCACUGAUAAAGUAAUAACAGUUUCACAAGGUAAAAAAGUUGGCUGCACAUGGCUUCUUACUGUAAACAAAUGGGUUUUGCAAUUUGCCGUCUGAAGUCUGCAACUUCAACAAAGAAAUCUACACUGUGGUUUGAUUUUUCUGGUCAUUAUAUAAAGCAAAUAAAUUUAAAACACUUUCUAGCCACAUAUUUACCCUGCCAAGUGCCUAUAUUGCAAUAAAAUGUUUGUCCUUGGAGAA